UUGUGGCCCCCUGCAGCAUUUAAGUUUCCCAUCCCUGGUCUAAAGGAAGAAAAGGUACCAAGAGACAAACGGGAUUUAGGGCGUAACCUCGCGAUACCCCCCUCUUCCUCCCGCUUUCUUUCCAUCUCUCUCUCUCUCUCUCUCUCUCUCUCUCUCUCUCUCUCUCUCUCUCUCUCUCUCUCUCUCUCUCUCUCCCUCUCUCUCUCUCUCUCUCUCUCUCUCCGCGUCCAGGGGGCGAUCAAGCGGCGGGGAUGCUGGGAGUCCGGCCGGUCAGCCAAGCAGCCUACCGACCUACCGAAACGCACCGAAACGCAGCCGAACACUCCGCUCUGACGGCAAAACUUCCCACUUUUCCGCCUCCCAAUUAAUUCCUCCAAAAGAAAAAGAAAAAAAGAAAUAAAAAGCAACAGCUGGAGCCGCGAGGGGAGACUUUUAUUUUGGAGGCGCGCGUUCUUGUUUGUUAAUUAUCACACCUGAAAGAAGAAAGAAAAAAAAAGGAUGAGAAGAAAUUAAAAAAAAAAUCUCUUUUCCCCCCGAGGUGGAGGAGUGUUUUUCGGGAUCAAGGGGGAAUAGAAGGGACGCUGGAGCCGCUCCCGGAGGAUUACAGCGGCUGAAGUUGGGAAGGAAGAUGCGGGAGGAGGCGGAGCAGACGGAGUGAUCAGCCCGGUGCGCGCCUUCCCUCCCCGGCUUGGCUGAAGCGCGACAGUCCGCCCCGCUGGAGGGACCUGCCGCUCCUCACCAUCUCACCCUCACUGUUGCUCUGCUUGGAUGUAAAAAAAAAAAAAAAACCUUCUACCUUCAAGAGAAUUAAAAAAAAAUCUCAAACACUUUUUUUUUUUCUUCUCCGGAGCUUCUCCGCGGAGUUUUCCGCUCAUGGAUCCGCCGCCGUGCGCCUCCUGUCCGGAUGGGAUGUGUGAGCAGUGAGCGGGGCGCGGCGGAGCGGAGCGGUGAUGGUGUUCACGCCUGAUUAAAAAAAAAUAACAACAACAACAACACACAACCCGCAGAUUUUAACGCAAAAAAAGGAGUUUCACAUCUGGUAUACUGGGCCAGUCAGCAGCAGGAUCAGGAUGAGAAGAUGGCUGGCUGUGUGUUUCCAAUGGGACCAGAGAGCUUUCAGCGCUUCACGCCGGACUCCCUGGCUGCCAUCGAGCAGCGCAUCGCCCAGGAGAGGGCCCGACGCAGCAAACACUACCAGGAGGACCUGGGUGACGUGGUGCUCCCCCGGCCCCGGCCCGACCUGGAGGCAGGAAAACAGCUGCCGCGCAUCUUCGCCGACAUCCCGUCUCAUCUGGUGGGCGUUCCCCUGGAGGACAUCGACCAGUACUACUUCAAAAACAAGAGGACCUUCAUAGUCCUGAACAAAGGGAAGGCCAUCUUCCGCUUCAGUGCCACGUCAGCUCUCUACAUCUUCAGCCCCUUCCACCCCGUCCGCAGGAUCGCCAUCAAGAUCCUGGUCCACUCGUUAUUCAGUCUGUUCAUCAUGUGCACCAUCCUGACCAACUGUUGCUUCAUGGCCAUGUCAGAGCCCGCCUACUGGGCCAAGUACCUGGAGUACACCUUCACAGGUAUCUACACGUUUGAGUCCCUCAUAAAGAUCUUGGCGAGGGGUUUCUGUGUGGGGCCCUUCACCUUCCUGAGGGACCCCUGGAACUGGCUGGACUUCAGCGUCAUCGUCAUGGCAUAUGUGACUGAGUUUGUGGACCUGGGUAAUGUGUCAGCCUUAAGGACGUUCAGGGUGCUGCGAGCGCUCAAAACCAUCUCUGUCAUCCCAGGCCUGAAGACCAUCGUUGGCGCUCUGAUCCAGUCGGUGAAGAAGCUGGCCGACGUCAUGAUCCUCACCGUCUUCUGCCUGAGCGUCUUCGCCCUCAUCGGCCUGCAGCUCUUCAUGGGGAACCUGCGGCAGAAGUGCGUCCGCAGCACGGCGCACUGCUUCAACGCCAGCCUGCCCGCCAACACGUCCUUCUACUGCAACAACAAGACCUGGGCCUCCAUGAAGGACUUCGUCAGCGACGAGGACAAUUUCUACAAGGUGGAGGGAGCCAAGGAUGCCUUAAUCUGUGGAAACAGCAGCGACGCAGGAUCAUGUCCAGAUGGGUUCGAUUGUCUAAAGGCGGGAAGGAAUCCCAACUACGGCUACACCAGCUUCGACAGCUUUGGGUGGGCCUUCCUGUCCCUGUUCCGCCUCAUGACACAAGACUACUGGGAAAACCUUUACCACCAGACGCUGCGUUCAGCCGGUAAAACCUACAUGGUGUUCUUCGUGGUGGUGAUCUUCCUCGGCUCCUUCUACCUGGUCAACCUCAUCCUGGCCGUGGUCGCCAUGGCGUACGAGGAGCAGAACCAGGCGACCAUCGCCGAGGCGUGCCAGAAGGAGCGGGAGUUUCAGGUUGCCAUGGAGAGGCUGAAGAAGGAGCAGCAGGUCGCCGCCCAGAAACUCUUGGACUCGGACUCGUUGAUGUCACCAGAACUGUCUCCGUUCGGCCUGCCGCUGGACAGCAUCGAGGAGCGGAGGCGGAGUCAGGCGCUGGUGGGCGUGGCCGACGUGGAAGCCAACCUAUCAGAGGAGAAGCUGCUGCAGGUGGACCUGACGGACGGGGGGAAGCCGCUCCACCCUCUCCUCGCUCGCUCCUUCUCCACGAGGACGCGGCGGAGCAGCCAGGUGUCCUCCAUCUUCAACUUCCGCCUGAGGAGCCGGGGCUCGGAGGGGGAGAUGGCGGACGACGAGUACAGCGUCCCGGGGGACGUGGUGGAGGGCGUCGGGGGUCGGACCUACAGCGGCGGGACGUUCAGCGGCAUCCUGCCCCACCCCUGGCCCAAACGACGGCCGAGCACCUACAGCAACGCCAGCCGGAGCUCCCAGGUCUUUUAUCCGACUCUGAACGUCAACGGGAAGCUGUUUGUUGCCAUGGACCAGAACGGGGUUUCCCCCCCACCGCUGCAGGGGCAGCUGCCUGCCUGCACCAUGGAGAAGGUCAAGGAGGAGAGUGUCCCCACGUCCACCACGGAGCUCAGCACCAUGCUGUUACCUCGUCCUUCGUCCACGCAGGACUCGGAGCGGAGAGGGAGGGCGCUGAGCGCUGCCAGCUACCUCACUGACGCCAUGGAAGAGCUGGAGGAGGCCCAUAAGAAGUGCCACCCGUGCUGGUACGUGUUCGCCCACCACUACCUGGUGUGGGAGUGCACCCCCCGCUGGCUGUGGCUGAAGCAGCUGGUGAAGAUCAUGGUGAUGGACCCGUUCCUGGACCUGGCCAUCACCGUCUGCAUCGUCCUCAACACGCUCUUCAUGGCCAUGGAGCAUUACCCCAUGACCGACGAGUUCAACGGCAUGCUGACCAUCGGAAACCUGGUGUUCUCGGGGAUCUUCACGGCGGAGAUGGUGCUGAAGAUCAUCGCUCUGGAUCCGUAUUACUACUUCCAGACGGGCUGGAACAUCUUCGACAGCAUCAUCGUGUGUCUUAGCCUGAUGGAGCUGGGCCUGUCGGACGUGGAGGGGCUGAGCGUGCUGCGCUCCUUCAGACUGCUGCGUGUGUUUAAGCUCGCUCGCUCGUGGCCGACGCUCAACACUCUGAUCAAGAUCAUCGGGAACUCGAUGGGCGCUCUGGGCAACCUGACGCUCGUCCUCGCCAUCAUCGUCUUCAUCUUCGCCGUGGUCGGCAUGCAGCUGUUCGGGAAAAACUACCAGGAUUGUGUCUGUAAGAUCUCCAAGGACUGCACUCUGCCUCGCUGGCACAUGAAGGACUUCUUCCACUCCUUCCUCAUCGUCUUCAGGGUGCUGUGCGGCGAGUGGAUCGAGACCAUGUGGGACUGCAUGGAGGUGGCGGGUCAGCCGCUCUGCAUCCUGGUCUUCAUGCUGGUCAUGGUCAUCGGAAACCUGGUGCUGUUGAACCUCUUCCUGGCUCUGCUCCUCAGUAGUUUCAGCUCUGACAACCUUUCGGCUCCAGACGACGACGGUGAGAUGAACAACCUGCACAUCGCCAUCCACCGGAUCACCAGAGGGCUGAGCUGGUGCCGCAGACAGGUGGUGGAUUUCUUCAACGGGAACCUGAAGCGUCGUCGUCAGAAGAGGAAAGAGGCCAAAGCCAUGAUGAAGCUGAAGCGUCUGAGCACCGUCCACACCGAGGCCAACGGAGCCGUGAUAGGACGUCACGUGGAGAAGUACGUGGUUCCGGAGGACGACAGCUACAUGACGAACCCAAACCUGACCAUCAGCGUCCCCAUCGCCCCCGGGGAGUCGGACGUGGAGUUCCCCGAGGAAGAGGAGGAAGAGGAGGAGGAGGGGGAGGAGGAGCAGAGCGAGGGCUCCGAGGAGGAGGAGGAAGGGGAGAGGGAGGAGAAAGAUGACAUCAGCCUAUCAGAGGGCAGCACGGUGGACCUGAGGAAACCUGGAGAGGAAGAGGACGAAUACUCUGAGAUGGCAGAGGAGGCCAUGGACCCUGAUAACUGCUUCCCUGACUUCUGCGUGUCCAGGUUCCAGUGCUGUGACGUGGACACGUCAGCAGGUCUGGGUCAGACCUGGUGGAGGCUGAGGAAGACCUGCUACCAGAUCGUAGAGCACAGCUGGUUCGAGUCCUUCAUCAUCUUCAUGAUCCUGCUGAGCUCCGGAGCGCUGGCCUUCGAGGACAUCUACAUCGAGCAGCGGCGGGUGGUGAAGGUGGUGCUGGAGUACGCAGACAAGAUCUUCACCUACAUCUUCAUCCUGGAGAUGCUGCUCAAGUGGCUCGCCUACGGCUUCAAGAAGUACUUCACCAACUACUGGUGCUGGCUCGACUUCCUCAUCGUCGACGUCUCGUUGGUCAGUUUGGUGGCCAACACGUUGGGUUAUUCAGACUUUGCAGCCAUUAAAUCCCUGCGGACGCUGCGGGCCCUGCGGCCCCUCAGAGCCCUCUCCAGAUUUGAAGGCAUGAGGGUGGUGGUGAACGCUCUGAUCGGGGCGAUCCCGUCCAUCAUGAACGUUCUGCUCGUGUGUCUCAUCUUCUGGCUCAUCUUCAGCAUCAUGGGCGUCAACUUGUUCGCCGGGAAGUUCGGCCGCUGCGUGAACCGAACGGGUCACAUCGUCGAGUCGUCCUUCGUCAACAACAAGUCCCAGUGCGACGCCUUCAACACCGUCAACGACACGUCGCUCUACUACUGGACCAAAGUCAAGGUCAACUUCGACAACGUGGGCGCCGGAUACCUCGCCCUGCUGCAAGUGGCGACUUUCAAAGGCUGGAUGGACAUCAUGUACGCAGCGGUGGAUUCACGAGCCGUGGAGGAGCAGCCCAUCAAGGAGAUCAACCUCUACAUGUACCUCUACUUCGUCAUCUUCAUCAUCUUCGGCUCCUUCUUCACCCUCAACCUCUUCAUCGGCGUCAUCAUCGACAACUUCAACCAGCAGAAGAGAAAGAUAAGAGGGCAGGACAUCUUCAUGACGGAGGAGCAGAAGAAAUACUACAACGCCAUGAAGAAGCUGGGCUCCAAGAAACCCCAGAAACCAAUCCCCAGACCUCUGAACUCGGUGCAGGGCUUCUUCUUCGACCUGGUGGGGAAACAGGCCUUCGACAUCAUCAUCAUGGUGCUGAUCCUCUUCAACAUGAUCACCAUGAUGGUGGAGACGGACGAGCAGUCGCCUCAGAUGGAGCACAUCCUCAACAACGUCAACCUGGCCUUCAUCAUCGUCUUCACCUUCGAGUGCCUCACCAAGAUCGUGGGGCUGCGCUGUUACUUCUUCACCGUCGGCUGGAACAUCUUCGACUUCGUGGUCGUCAUCCUCUCCAUCGUCGGCAUCGUGCUUGCUGACAUCAUCGAGAAGUACUUUGUGUCGCCGACACUGUUCCGAGUGAUCCGGUUGGCCCGUAUCGGACGGAUUCUACGUCUCAUCAGAGGCGCUAAGGGCAUCCGGACGUUACUGUUCGCCCUCAUGAUGUCCCUUCCUGCUCUCUUCAACAUCGGGCUCCUCCUCUUCCUGGUCAUGUUCAUCUACGCCAUCUUCGGCAUGGCCAACUUCGCCUACGUGAAGCGGCAGGCGGGCAUCGACGACAUGUUCAACUUCGAGACGUUUGGGAACAGCAUGAUCUGCUUGUUCCAGAUCACCACCUCGGCCGGCUGGGACAGCCUGCUCAGCCCCAUCCUCAACAACUCCCCCGAGGAGUGCAACCCCAACAUCCCCCACACGGGCACCACGGUCCGGGGGAACUGCGGGAACCCGUCGGUGGGCAUCACCUUCUUCGUCACCUACAUCAUCAUCUCCUUCCUCAUCGUGGUGAACAUGUACAUCGCCAUCAUCCUGGAGAACUUCAGCGUGGCCACGGAGGAGAGCACCGAGCCGCUGAGCGAGGACGACUUCGAGAUGUUCUACGAAGUUUGGGAGAAGUUCGACCCCGAGGCCACGCAGUUCAUCGAGUACGCCAAGCUGUCCGACUUUGCAGACUCGCUGUCGGAGCCGCUGCGCAUCAGCAAGCCCAACAAGAUCAAACUGAUCUCCAUGGACCUGCCCAUGGUCAGCGGGGACAAGAUCCACUGCCUGGACAUCCUCUUUGCCUUCACCAAGCGCGUCCUGGGCGAGUCGGGCGAGAUGGACGCCCUCAAGCAGCAGAUGGAGGAGAAGUUCAUGAUGGCGAACCCGUCCAAGAUCUCCUACGAGCCGAUCACGACAACCCUGAGGCGGAAACAGGAAGAGGUCUCGGCCUCGGUGAUCCAGAGGUGCUACCGCAGGCACCUGGUGAGGCGGCAGAUGAAGGCCGCCUCCUACCUGUACCGCCAGAUCACCACGCCUCGGCACGCGGGGGAGCAAGGCGAAGAAGGAGGCGAGGAGAUGUUCGGGGAGGACGCACCGGAGAAAGAAGGACUGAUCGCCGCCAUGAUGAGGGAAAACUACGGCUCGAGCUUGUUGGGGAUGGAGCGCUCCGAGACGAUUUCCUCCACCUCGUCCCCGCCGUCCUACGACAGCGUGACGCGAGCCACGUCGGAGAUCUUUCACCCGCUCGCCGCCAAGACGGAAACAAUAGCUGUCGACACGGCGGGCAGCGAACCGAGCGAACAGUCGCCGUCGUUGGUCGACCCUGACAGACAGCAGGAGACUCUGCCAUAGCGGGAACCAAAAAGCAAAAAAUCGCAACAAAUGAGGAUAUCCUUGUUUUGGGUUACGCCUGUUUGUUCUUUUGUUUACUGAAUGUACCAUAGCUGAGGAACGCUGAGGAGGCGGCGGAGAAGCUAUGAGCGAGGGACUGCAGGAGUGACGGCGCAAACAAAGUGGAAUAUUUACUACCUUUAAUGUUAUUUCCUGUUCCCCCGUGGAGAUUCCUGGACUCGACUCGUUUUUGGAGUUUCUUAAAGGGGAAGCAGAAAGACCACAAAAGACAGAGAGGGGAACCCCGUCUGUCGAGUCGUACUGCCUUUGUUGGAGCGAAAGACAGAAGAUCCCUAAGACCUCUUGGGUCUCUCAGAACACUGACUGACCUUUGACCUCAACUGCAGAGGGUCAGAGCGGGUCAAAACAGCUAUAUCAGAUUUAUCCAUCAUUUAUUGGCCUGGGGGGGUUUGUGCCUUCCCACAGUUGAUCAAUAUUCUCAGAGUACGCCUGGCUGUAAGAGUGACGGUGUUCCUGGUGGUGUCUAACUUUCUGAAUGACUGAGACUCGAGAGAGGAGGGAAAAUAAUGACGUGAUUUAAAAAAAUGUUUUCGUAGUAAAAGUAUAACUUUGUUGAUGUUACCAGUCUUUUAAUAGCGGUACGAUUAUUACUAUUUUUUAUAUUUUUUAGAGUAAGUUGAAGAAAAAAAACAUUAAGCAGUCUCUCGGAGUGGCACUCGCCGUGAGAAAGUGGCCGAACUACCACGUUGUGAUAGACGAGACGAGAGGGUGCGGUCAGGAAGAAAAAAAAAACCUGAAAAAGCAACUUCAUCUGUUUUUGUUGGCAGUUUUGCACUUUUAAGUUUACAUGUGCUGUCACUUUACCGCACCUGGGCAAAGACACGUUGAAAAAAGGGGCCAGGGUUGUUUUUAUUUUUCCUCUGAAAACCUUUGAGAUAACACCAAAAAGUGCACAAUGAGAUUUUCUACACGGUCCUGGACUCUUCCAACAUGUGUUUUGCCCUGGUGGUGAACAUCCUCGUGUACAUCUGUUUUUGCGCCGGUGGGUGAUUUGUCUAAAAGUCCUUCUCGAACAAAAGAUUCCUGCUGCGUUACUGUGUUGCGUGAGGAGAAAACUGGAGGUUACUUGCUCGUAGUCAAGGCUGAUAGAUCAUGGAGAUCAGUGACGUAUGAUUUGACAAGAACAGUGUUUGAUAAGUUGUAAAAAGUUGAGUUAAAGGAGUGAAGUGACAACGAAGCUUCGUGAAUAAUUUUCUUUAUUUUUUGACCCCACUAGAUGGCGGUCUCGGCUUUAAAAAAAAAGGCUCUAGCAGUGGUAAUUGACAGUGUUUUCAGCCCUUUGUUGAACAAAGAGCGCCAUCUAGUGGGCUCAGAAAAUAAAUAAAAUGGUUCACGAAGCAUGUUGUUGCUUCACUAGUUAAAGGUUCUUAACACAGACUGUAUAUAAAGAUAGAGCCGUUGCAUCUCCACUUCCUCUCGUUGUAUAAAAGUGAAGCCUUAAAAUCCGGAUACAGGCGCUGCCAUCUUGUUCUGGUGAUGUCAUGUGGAGCCAGAGAGUGGAGCCAGUCAAUCAUGUUUUAUACAAUCAAAUAACUGAUUAAAACCAAACUGAUUGUAAAAAAUACACAUUUGAACAAACAUAAACGUGAUAAGAUGACCUUAAAUCAUUGGAAAACAUUUAUUUGACUCUACUUUAAGUUUUUAGUUUGGUUCAUGUCCCAUCCACUUACAUGGAGGGGGCGGGGCUUAUAACCUGUACUGCAGGUUUAUAACCUUUAUGGCAGGUCUGGCGGUACAGAUGUUUUGGCUUCUCUCGUGUCAUGUUGGCCGUCUUUAUAUUCAGUCUGUGGUUCUUGCUGGUUAAAUUAUCAGCCAUGGAAGUCUGGCUAAAAUAGUUGGCAUUAUCCACUCCACACAGUGUUUUGCUACUUUAGUUAGCAAGAAAUUCGUCCUGACAGUAAAAACCAUAUUCAGUCAUGGAACAAAUGGUCCCAAAGAUGACUGCAGCUCACUCAACGACCACCUGUGUCAUUAAUAACAAAGAUAUUCUGAAACUUCAGGCUACAUAAAGAAUCUUUAAAGCGAACGAAACUGAACAGAAUCAGCAAUUUGGUGCAGAGAGUUUAUGAAUGAAUUUAUCCUUGAGCUUUUCAGAACAAUUUAGUUAAGCUUGGCUCAGACAAAAUCUUUUUAUGAAACAAUGCUCAUAUCAUAACACCUCAGGUUAAUGGAUAAAUAUUGUUUAGUGCAGUUAAAGGACCAGACUGCUGGUUUGAGACAAACUUGGCAACGAUGCAAAUAAUAUAAACUUAAAUCAUGCAACAAAGUGUUUUUACCAACCGAACAAAGAAAUAUAUUCAUGCAGGAAUCAUUUACAAUCACUUUUUUUAAUGCCAUGAAUGAAGUUCUUUCUCUAUCAGGGGAUUUAAUGUUGCUAUACAAACUUUUUUGACAAAUCACCCGCUGUCAUUAUGUAUCCAUCUGGCCUGAGGUCGGCUCGGCGCACACGAGAUCUGAGACCAAAGUCCAGAAGCUAAACGGGCUGAAGAUCUCUGAGGCGCCGACCGGCCCUGACCGGAGUGCGACAAUCAGCUCAGCACAUCAGCAUCAGGAUUUCACCCUGUUUGGUUUUAUGAAAAGCUGACGCCGCGUUUGAUCAUUAAUCGGUGUUCUGGAAAAACCCACAAAACUGUUUCACUGCAGCAGAUUAUCAGGGUCAAUAAAAGGUUCCUCUGCUCAAAACGUCUCUCAACUUAUCAAGUUGUUUUGUCUGUUUGUCAACAAGAUUACAGAAAAACUACCGGCCUGAUUUUCAUGAAACUUGGUGGAAGAGUGUAGCAAGGGCCAAAGAAGAAACUUUAAAAAUUUUAAAUGGAUCCGAAUCACAGAGCGAAUACACUCAUUACUUUAGUGCAAGAUGGCCUCUGUGGUGCUCUCUGAGUGAGAUGUGGCAGAUUAGAAAUCAAGAUGAAUUCUUUUUUUUUUAAAGUACAAAACAGUUUUCUAAAUAACAUCAAAAUGGAGCAAGGUUUCCAUAAUUAUAGAGUGAAACCAGCUGAGACAUUAUGAAUACUUUUCUAGUAAAAUGUCCAACAAGUCCUCCAAACUGUACGUCAAAUACGGCCCAUGUAAAAGUUUCCAAAUAUAGCGUCUGACAGCAUCUAAAGAUUGACACAUCCUCAGAUGUUAACGUAACUGUUGAUGUUUAGGCUGAGACAACAAAACUACUUCUCUAAGGUUAGGGGAAAAAACAACGUGGUUAGGUAUAAUAAAAGACUGUUAGGGUGAAAACUCUGGUUUUCACUGAGUGUAAUGUAAUUAAAGGAAAUGAAGUAGUAAGACUGUAGAGGUAAAAAAAAAACGUGACGCAUGGAAGUGAAGUUAUGUUACUUUAGGACACAAGACACGCCCACGAAAUGGUCGUAGUUUGUUAAGGUUUAGGCGCCAAAACUACUUAGUUAGGUUGCAGAAAAGGCGUAUUAGGUUAGGGAAAGAUACAACUGGAUUAGGUUCUGUUUUAGAUCAUUUGGAUUAAAUUAAUACGGUAUACCAGAAGUUAUCUCAGGGGGCGUGUCGAGUGAUAAAGUGGUUGUUAGACCCUCCUCCCUGUUUUUACUAAUGGGAGCUUCUUAUUCUUAAUAUUCCCUUCCUUUACUUCCUCCUUCGCUGUCACCCUCCAUGUCGUUUCUUCUGCCUUCUGCAUUAGUCAUAAUCACUGCUGACGCUGUGAUAGUCUCAAAAUAUCUGUAAAUUAACAACUAACACUCAAGGGAGUCAUUUAAAAAUAGCUGCAGCUGUUGUGGGUUUUUCCAGAACUCUGGCGUGACGAUGCAAAAAGCGUUUGUUGCUUCAUGUUUGCUCUACGAAGAGUUUCAUUUCAAACGUGGGGAGGAAAAAAAUGGGAUCGAUUGAUGUCAUUUUGUAAUAACGCUGGGUUGAAUAAUGUGACAAAUUUACUUUUCUGGUGCAGGUAAACCCAAAGUACAGGUGUCCAUUGUUUAAAGGAUCAGGACAAAAGUUUUUCAUCCUUUUACCUUAAAAGUUUUUCCACAAAAAAAGGGAUCUUAUUUUCCCAGUUUGAAAGGAGACUCUUCAAAAUCAAAGCACCAUGUUAUUUAUUUAUUUAUUUAUUGACUUCUGGUUGAUGAUUUUAUUUUAUCUUAUGUUUGUUUGUUUUUUUAUUUUUGCACGCUUUAGCUACGUCCAGGAGGAGAAGCGGAGGCCGAGCGAGACGGCUCUUUAUCCAUUUUGCACAGAGAAACAAAAACAAAAAACACAAAAAAAACAGACCGCGUCUAGCAAUAACGGUUUGCCGAUGAUACCUUUUAAGUGAGUUCUUAGGAAACACUUGACUUCACAGCAGCCGCUUCCUCGCUGUAUGAAUCUGUGGCGUGGCGUUUGACAAAAGGCACAACAACACUCGGAGCAUCCGGUGCAGCACUGACGCUGUUACAGACUAACGGGUGCAUACAGUGGCGCUGGCGGGGCUGCUGCGGAUCAGUGCGACCGCUUGUUUUUAUUAAGAUGAAGUGUCAAAGUGUGCGUGUACAGCAUUUGUUCAGUCUGCUUUGAUCUCAAUAUUUCGAACAACCUCUCUCUCUCUCUGUCUCUGUUGUCGUGGUCGCCCGAGGGAUCUUUACUAAACGCUUUACUAGACUAAUUUUAAAAAGUGAAAAGAGAAAAAAAAAAUUACUGGCACCGUCUGGACUCUAUUUCUACUAGAUUCUAUUGAGAAUAGAUAACCAUAUAAACUAGGUAAAUACUUAAGACACUGCUGAACUCUGCUGCGAGGCGUAUUUCAGGUUGCAGUUGUGCUGAAGGGCUGUUUUCAGUAGCAAUAGACCCAGAGUGUGCCUGCUACAUAUGAACCCCAACACUCCAAGCCAUGCUUUCCCAUUGGUUGAUUGAUAAUGACUGGUUGAUUAUUUGAUUUCUUGCCUGGCAGACUGAGUGAUUAUUUGA